AUGUCUCAGUCUUCUAAUACCUCAGGUGACAUAGAUCCUUUUGAUGCCCGUCUAUACUUUAUCUCAAUACUAAAGAAGGUGAACUCCAGUCAACAAACCAUUCAAUCGUGUACAACAUUCGCACUCCGUCACCAUAAGUACUAUGAAGAUUUAUAUCGCUGCAUUAUAGAAGUAAUGCAAAAGGCGACAAUUGCUUCUCGAAUGAAUCUUUUUUAUUUCCUGGACUGUCUAUGCACCAAAUCCAAAAAAAUAGAAUUCAACAAGUAUAUCGACUACAUACAACGUGAUUUGCAGAAGAUUGUGAUAGAUUUUGUUUGCGAAAGAGACGAUGGGUGUUUCAACCUAGUAAAUACCCUAAAGGUUUUAAAAACAUGGAAGGAUAAACUCGUGAUGGAUAUUUCCAUUAUUGAAAAUGCAGAAAAGAGUUUGUUGGAGUGGAAGAGUGAAAAGACCUAUCCUCCGAGGUUGAAAAUACCAAGAACAGAUAUUUUGAAAAGAAUAGAAGAAGAUCGGGAGAGAUCAAAACACCUUCGUGAAGAUAUUUGGUGGGUAGAUAAAAGUAUUCAAGAUGGCGAAGCAAUUAAAUUGUGGGAAGAGUGUUCUGAUCUCGAUGAAGGAGAUUAUUUGGAAAUACUAGCGGAAAACUUCAAGUACAAUCCAGGCCAUCCCUGGCAAGAAGAUUACAAGAAGGUAUUGUUAUGGAAUGCUGAGCAAAAGCGACUUGAGGAGGAAGCCGCUGCAUUACAAGAAAAAGCUAGGAUUGAAAAACUUGAAGAGGAAAGGAUUCGAAAACAUCGUGAAGAGGAAUUUAGGAUUCGAAAAUUGCAAGAAGAGACAGAGCAAAAUGCCUGGAAGUUGCAAGAGAAAGUUGACCAAAGAGUCGGACCAUUUCAAGAGAUGACGGAACACAGAAUUCAACAAUUACAGGCGGGACAGAUGACACAUUAUUCUCGCGGAGAGGAGAUUCAACAAUCGCAAGAUAAAAAGGCACAACAUUUACAGGAAGAGGAAGAAGCACGGAAAGUUUGGCAAAUAAUAUUUAAUGAAAGGGAACAAAGUGCGAAGAGAUUAGCGGAGAAAAAGGAACAAGAAGUUUUACAACAGCGUAUGAUCGAAGGAAAAUGUUAUCAGUAUUGUGAAGACUUGCAAGAUACAGAGAUGGGCAUGACGGAGAUAACGAAUUCACAUCAUUCAACGGUCAAUGUUGUUAAUAAUAACUUAAUCGUUUCGCAGACCCGAGAGACGCAUCAGAUGGACAGCUCAAUGAACCCGGAAAUCACAGAUCCUCAUCCGAUAACUUUAGGUGUAAAGAGACAGCAUUGCCUUGAAGAUAUCCUUAACGAUGUUCCAGAUUCCAAUCUGGAUUUAAAAAGAAUUCGCACCGAGGACAAUUAUCUUGGGAGAAAUGUUAUUAUAAAUUCGGUGAAUUCUAAUAAUUUUGAAGGAACACUUAACAAUCCGUUGAACAACAAUAUUACCGUGGAAACUCAUGGCAGCGAAAGAAUGGAAGAUAAUUUUGUUCGAACAAAACAUUUUGACAAAAAGAGAUACAAUCCUUCGGGUGAAGUGGGACUCGAUGAAAACGGGAACAUUUCGGGAGCCGGUUGUAUGACAAAUAUUAAAUUCGAUAAUACAAGAGAAGUCACGGAUAGCGGUAACUACGAUCCAAGUUUUAUAUAUUCGUUUUCCACAUCAAACAUGACACCAGUUGGAGAGACCAUGAGUUCGAUUACUUAUGGACAACAAUCAUUUUGCAAUCAAUCAAGCGAACCUCCAACAGCCGAUGAUACAAUAGAGCCUCCAAGAGAAAGUGAUACGUCAUUGCCGGAGGGGUAUCGAAUCGAUCAUAUAGCGGGUUCUAAACUCGGACUUUUAAUGCAAGCUGUAAGCCUUUUAGAAUCGGGGGUGUCAUCGUUAACGGAUGAUUAG